CUCCCAGCCGGCCCCAUGGUGCGGCACCUGGGCAGCGGCGGUGCUGCUGCUGCUCCCCCCGUAGGAGGACGGGAGCUGGCGCCGCCGCGGAGCGAGGAGGAGGAGGAUGCGAGGGGCGCGGGGCAGCACCCCCCGUGCCAGGCGGGCGCCAUGGAGGCGGCGGGCGCCCAGGAGCCCGGAGGCGGUGGCUGUAGCUGCUGCUCAGGCUCAUCCCGGCCGCGCUGCAGGCUCCCGUGGGCACGGAAGACGCCCGGAACAAAGAAGAAAUUCACCUGCCCAGGACUUGGCUUGUUUUAUACUAUAUUGUCUGCCUUCCUUUUCUCAGUGGCUUCUUUGUUUCUUAAAAAAAUUGAAGAUGUACAUUCAGUGGAAAUCAGUGCAUUUCGAUGUGUUUUCCAAAUGGCAUUUGUUCUUCCUGGUUUAAUAUACUACAAAACAGGGUUUUUGGGACCAAAAGGUAAACGAGUUUUUCUUUUCUUUCGAGGAUUCCUUGGCUCUGGUGCAAUGAUUCUUCUCUACUAUGCUUUCCAAGUAAUGCCUCUAGCUGAUGCCACUGUUAUAACUUUCAGCAGUCCAGUUUUUACAUCAUUGUUAGCCUGGAUAUUUCUCAAGGAGACAUACAGCCUUUGGGAUCUUCUUUUUACCCUCUUUACGAUCACUGGAGUGGUUCUUAUUGCAAGACCGCCUUUUCUGUUUGGAUCCAAUAUUAUAGGGAUUGAAGGAAGCUAUACAAAUCAUCUUAAAGGAACAAUAGCUGCUGUCAUAAGUGCAGUAUCAACAGCUUCAACUUUUGUUAUAUUAAGAAAGAUGGGAAAAUCUGUGCAUUAUUUUUUGUCUAUUUGGUAUUAUGCAGUAAUUGGAUUAAUUGUAUGCAUUGUAGCACUGUUUGUAAUAGAUGAAUGGACUUUACCAUAUUGUGGUACAGAUAGAUUUCUCCUAAUAUUAAUUGGACUGUUAGGGUUGGGGGGUCAGAUAUUUCUCACAAAAGCAUUACAGAUAGAGAAGGCUGGUCCUGUUGCCAUAAUGAAAACCAUGGAUGUGGUGUUCGCUUUUAUCUUACAGAUUCUUUUCCUCAAUCAUCUGCCAACUUGGUGGACGGUGGGUGGUGCCCUUUGUGUAGUAGCCAGUAGCUCUGGAACUGCCAUUCGUAAGUGGCAACAGAAUUCAAAAAAGGCUAAAGAAAAUGAAAUCUAGCAAGUCAGACACUUUCAUCACAGAAACAAAGAUAACAAUCAUAAUCUUGGGAAAAUAUAUUUUAUAGUAAGAUAUAUUUUAUUUAUUUAAAAUAUUUCAUUUAUUUAACUCUCUGUUACCAAAUUGUCCCCAAGAGGAGGAGUCAGCUGACUUUCAAGCAGCAUAGCAGAUGUUUUAACUAGCUGGUUCAGCAUGUGCUACUCAGUGUCAUACUGAGGAAGGCAUUGGUGUAUUUUCACAGAUCUUGCUGUCUCUGUUUCCUGAUUGCUAUCUUAAACAGGCAGUAACUGUAUACAGAAGUUUUUUUCUCUUUCCCACAAACUAGUGUUGUUUCUUUAAAUUUUUGGGCCUGAUUCUCCAUUUCUUACACCUUGUAUAGUCACUUACCCAUCUCUAAAGUGGGAGUUAGUCUACCAUUCUAAGGUAGUAGUUUGCAUUCACUUACUACAGGUAUAACUGAAUAGAAUAGGAGCAAGGCAGUGGAGUCUAAUUAUUUUUUCUUAACUCUACUCAAAUUUUCUAUUUUUAAUCUUAGAAGUGCUCAGUGACAUAGUUUCAUGAAUACACUUACUCCAAGCAGUUAGGGCCCCAUUCAGCAAAAAGAAACAACAACAAAAUAAUACAGCUUCUGUACAACAGGCAUGCAAGGCUGAUACAUGUGGCAGCCUCCAAAAAUCUCUGCAGAAAACAGAAGCUGGAUAUGUAGGGAUUUUUCUUAAUUGGGUUCUAAAUAAACAUAUGCUCUUUAAUCUUCUGUAUUAUUAUUUUUGAAAAUUCUUUUGUUUUUCUGAUUAUCAAAAGAGAGCAGGGCUGAUAAUGCCAAAGUAAAUCUGAAAACUAUUUUCAGUGGCUUAACAUGUAACAUUAUGUCAGUUAACUUUUUUAAUUUAAAGUGACUUUCCCAAUAGACCACGUCACAUUGAUUUACUACUUCUUUAGUUGCUACAAUUUCAGUGAUUAAAGAAAAUGGUUGUUAAUAUAGCCCUUUGUGAGUAGACCAUUUCUUACGCUACAAAAUGUUAUGCUGUGUUGCACUAUCCUUAAUUCUAUGCAAAAAAUAUUUUAUUUGUAUUUUUUUAGGUAUUUAAUUUAGAUUACUCAAAAUGCUGUUCAGCAAUUUUGUUUAAUACUUUGUGUAAAGUAUUUUUGUGGAAAAAAAAGUUGCACUUUUCUUGGCUGCAGUUAUGUUUAAUGUUUUAUUGUAAAACCUCCCUUUUCUUCUUGUCACUAGCUAAUGAAAGGUAUUUAGAGAUUCCACAAACAGCACUGGUUAGCCAGCGUCAUAGUGGAGAAUGUACAAAAUGUACCCUGCACUCCUCACAUGUCAUUUUUAAUGUUUGAAAACUAUGUUUUGAUAGCAAUGACUACGGUAAUAUUACAAUAUAGAGUCCAGUUUCCCAGUUUUAUGGGCAGGAAAAGAAGUUCACUAUAAUACAUAGUGGUUUCCCAGAAUGGAUUGUGAUGUACUGGUGGGUCUCAGUCCAAUUGAGUUUUAAGAUUAAUUUAAUUUUUACUUUGCUGAGACCCUUUACACUGUUCCCUGUGAAGUUUUUCAGGCAAUUACAUUGUUUCCUCUUCUUUCCUGAAAGAGGAAGAUCUUUUAUAGUCGUAACCCAAGAAUACAUCCUGUGUGUGGAAACUGACAUAAAAUAAUGGAUAUAGUCUUAUCUUGUACCAUCACUUUCAUGAGAUAAAUUGUUAAAACUGUUGCACUCCACUCUGCGGUGGUUUGGGUGAAGUGAUUCCUGCAUGUAUAACACUAGUAAAGUGCUUUAGGAUGCUUCUAGAAGAAAUGAGCCAUAUUUGUGUAAGAUUGCCUCAGAAUAUAUGCUGUGGGUUUGAGGCUGCUUUUGUUGAUGUCAAGGUCAAAACUCUAGGGAAAGGAAUUAAGGAAACUUAAUAAAAAAUAUGAAAAUAUAACAAUGAUCCAGUUUCAACAAUACAGAGUCAUAAGUAUUAUGGAGGGUUGUCUUUUUUAGAAAUUAUGUUGAAAAUGUUUGAAUCAUACAUUGUCCCUGAAUUAUUAUAAAUUGAUGCAUAUGAUUUAGUAGCCUGAAUUACUGAAGAGAGGUUUUGUUGUCUUAUUAUAUAUGAAUAUUUACUUAAGUAUAGAAAAUAUGCAGGUCUGAAAUAGACAGUUUAUUGGUUUAGUAACUUUGGAACAAAUCUUUUUCUCAAGUUUUCUUCUUCAAAUCUUCACCUUAAGUGUAAUUUACUGUCUAUGGUAAAUGAGAUAUAGCAAGUCAGUCUUAAAACUGAAAUUUUUAUUAAUCCUUUUUAAAACAAACAUCUGUUAGCAAACUGGCAAAGUAAUUUUUUUUGUCCAAAACUGUGAUUUCUUUGGGGUUCUCCAUGACUGUUCACACUCAUUAUUCCCAAACUUUCUUACAAUAUUGCGUGUAUAGAAAGAAGGAAAACAAUAAACCUGGUUUUGUGGUCUGUUUGAACUACAAAUUUUUUGUUGUCCCAGAUGUUUUAGGGCCUGAUGAUGCAAGGUGUUGAAUAUCUGGGUACCUGCAUCUUCCAAUGAAAUCAGUGGGAGUUGCAGGCAUUCACUAUCUUGCAAGAUACGGCUUAUAUUGUGUUACUUUCUUUAUAAAUUGAGUUAAGCAAAUUUCUUUUAUAACACUUUUUGCUCUUUAAAAAGGGCAAUGCCUUCAUUUGGAUUUAAAAAACUUUUUAGAUGAUGGUUGCUCAAACAAUAUGGAGAGGAAGACCUUGAGUAUAGUGAUAUACAGCAGUGCUGAUAUAUUUAUUUGUUCUGUUUAUAAAGCAUGAUUUUAGGCAUCUACAACUUGUCUUUCCAGAUUCAUUUUUAGUAGUGUAAAUCAUUUUAAGUAUUGUAUGGUUUUUGAAGCACCUCAAAAAUUUUUGAAACCAAUUUCAGAUGCUUUCUUAAACUAUAGCUAAAAAGUUAAAUUUGGACAGUUUUGAAGAAAAUAGUUAUGAAAUGGCUAAAAUAACUGCCUUAAAAUGCAGUAGCUGGUGAAAAUGCUUCUCUUUUAAUAAGUUAUACUGGGCAUUCAAAUAUCUGCUUUUCAGGAGCUUACACUGCAGAUUUUAAAACUAUAUCAGAUUGAAAUUGAGUUGUCAGGUAACUUUUCUGGCCCAAGUCUUUUUUUUUUUUUUUUUUUUUUUCCUUUCCCCUCCCCUCUCUACCCCCCACCCCAAGAAAAUAAUCUUAUUCUGGAAAGGCAUUUUUGAAUUAUAGAGCAACAAAUUUCUCAGGAUUUCAGGUGCUAUUUUUCCAACCUCUAAAUCAGAAACAUGGCAUUAAUGUUUAACAUCUUUUAGUGUCUUUUAAACCAUUUUUAUGAAAUUGGACAAAUGUACUGUAUUUCUUAGGAAUUUUUUUCUAUGGAAUAUUAUGCACUAUUACUGCAUACAAUUUUUAUUAUAAAAAGGUCUAUUAAAAUCAAUGGGACACUUGUAACCACUGAUUUCAGUAGCUCCUAAAUAAAAAAACAUUAUAAAUGUUGUCCUGCACAAAAAUGCAGGGUCAAAAGACUAAAUUUUUACUGGUGCAUUGACUGUAACAUAUGCUAUUUUAGUAGGCAAAAAUCCAGUGAAAUCAGCUGCCAUGACUUCAGUGGGACUUUACAACCUUAGAGCCUUAUUUGCCUGAAUUAUACUCCAGGCUUGUGGCCCAAAAGUCUUCAUAUGGCGACUGUACAGCAGGUCAACAUGUCCAGGGUUUAUUUGGUUCUGAAAAGCCCUAAAGAAAAUCCAACUUCUGCACCAGGGAUUUAAGAAUGUGCAUGGGGGAGAAACAGGAUAUAUAUGUAACUGAAAUCCCCACAUACUAAAUUACCUGUCCAGCAUCUGGUUCUCUUUCCUCCUAUUAUCCUGGUGCUGCACAGACUUUGGGAGUUACUGCACCAAUAGCGUUUGAGUAACCCCUAGUAUAGCACCAUUGGUGAGUGGUGUGGGUCCAAGCCAAUUGUGCUUUUUGCUGUCAAACCUUAAAUUGGAAUUAUGUUUUCCCACUUCCAAAUGCUCAAAUGUUGUUCUCCAAUAGAUAGAAGCUUCUUCCUCUGAUUGCAUGUUGUGAAGAGAUGGGCCUUACCACUCUUGAUCACCAUUUGGAGGGAAGAAAUCUCUUGUUGAGCUUCAUUCAGGAGCUGUCUUCUAGGGAAAUGUUAAUUUCUAACUAGUCAGUCUCUUCAAAAUUUCUCCCUUUGCUGACUGGCAUUUAGUCAGCCGGGAGAAUCUGUUUCCCAGCUCCAGGUUUGGGACUCCACUAUUCAGCAUCGGUCCCAUAAGCAGAAUUGGAUGCAAUUAUGGACUCUAGUAGGUGGCAGGGUUGCCAAUGUUGGCAGCAAGAGCGCAACAUUGAUUAUUUUGGGCAUUACAUAGCUGCUAUCAAGAGAGUUCAGUCUCUUGACCGUCAGCAUGUCCAAAGAGGAGUGUGGUGCCUCUGUGAGCCUGCAGCUGGGGAGGGGAUUCUGGGGUUGGAUAUACCUCAGUAUACAGGCCAUAUUGUAUUGUCACUCAUACAGUUUAUUAGAGUGGGUAAUUUUAUAUACUACGUGAGGUACAGUUUCACAAAAAAUGGGGUAAAAAUCAGAUACCUCUAGCACUAAUUGAAGAGUCUCUAUCUAUUACGUAGUUAAAUGUAUGUGAAAGCGUAUGUUUUGUAGAAGUUACUGUUUUUUGGUAUCUACUGGUAUAUUUUUGAAAGAUUAUUUUAAUUCCUAUAUCUUGAAAUGUUAACAUUUUCAUAAAAGGUUUAUAUUUCAUAACUUAAUAAAAUGAA